AUCGCUCAAAGAGCUGAGAAGGGUCGGACAGUGAAUCUGGUCAACCACGUAUUCCCCUCACAUUCCAGUCAUCCGAGAUCAUGCUGACGCGGAACAGGAGUCAUGGACGCAGGAGAGUGGGACACCGCUGCUGCCCGAGAUGCUUUUCGCCAGGAGCUCGAAAGCAUCAAUGUUGCCAUUCGCCUUGCUGUAGUACCCGCGACUGCCGCGAUAUUGGAAAAUCAAGCCCUUGUACUUCGCCUGCAGUUGGAAGAGUUGGAUGUACUGGAGAGUCGUCAAGCAUCUCAGCGCAUGCAGCAUAGCAUGUAUCGAGCCAUGCUCGCUGAUCUCCCACUCCUAGCUCCGAACGAUUCAGCAAGCAGAGGAUGUCGUCGCCAAGCUGCGUCUAGCGACACUGCCAUACCAAGCCAUCCAGCCGUCACGGUCAAUCCCGACGGAAGUACACAACUCGAGGAGUACAUUGAUCAGCUCAAAAUUGCCGAGGAGCCGCCCAAGCAAUGCUAUGCAUGUAUGGAAGAAACCCCAAUCAACCAAGGAGUUAUCCUGGAGAACUGUAGUCACUUCUGGUGCCACGAGUGCUUGAGGCGGUGUUUCGACCUGGCCAUCAAAAACGAAGGCGGUCAUCCUGUGCGAUGCUGCGAACAGCUACCGAAGAUUCCAAUGGACAAUCCCGCAAUUGCUUCUGUAUUGGGAUCCAAGAUGAUUACCGACCUGAAGGCGAAAAUCGUGGAGUACGAGACCCCGAAUCGGACCUACUGCCACGAACGAAGCUGCUCGACAUUCAUUCCACCAGACCAAGUCCUAGAGCGCAUGGCGGCAUGCCCGAUCUGCCAAAACAAAACCUGUGCAGAGUGCAAGACACAGUACCACGAGAGUCCAGAUUGCACCGCGGUCCAUGACGAGGCGUUUGACGAAUGGCGGACCAAAAAUCAGGCUGCUACAUGUCCAGGCUGUCACCGUGUCGUUGUCAUUUCUUACGGCUGCAACCACAUGUUGUGUCCAUGCGGGUCUGAGUUCUGCUAUGAAUGCAGUGUUAUUUGGAAAGAGUGCACGUGCGAACGAUGGCACAACGACCGCCUCUUGGAUCGUGCAGCAGAAGUGGCUGAUCGUCUAGCCGACGGCAUGGCGAAUGCGGUGCAGGUCCAACAGGUUGCUGAGGCGCUACGAGCGGAGGGUGGCUGCCGACAUAACAACUGGACGCGAACGGACUUGUUUACGUUUACGUCGAGUACUGCUGCAGAGGUGACCUGCGCAGAUUGUCACUGGCGUGCGGGUGAGUUCUUGUGGCGUUGCGAUCGCUGUGGCAUGCGUGUAUGCUCGCGAUGUCGCGUCGACUACAAAGACUUCGAUGACCACCGGGACUACUAGGGUGUUGGACAGGCUUCACAGGACUGAGGAGUAUCGCAGAAGUGAGAAGAGCUCGAUUGGCACUGCACUUCCUUCACAGAAAUACUGCGAGAGUGAGAAGGGUCCGAGGUACUGACCGCAGAUGGAAAGCAGCAUUGGUGGCUCGUCGGUAAUUUCAAAUCCGUUGGAAACAGGUAUUGAGACAUGAUAUUGGCGCAAAUCAGAAAUCUCACGCCACUCUUCUUGUUGUCUAGGCUUUGGCCCCCUUGAGGCAGGAUAGCAUAUUGGGGUCACAAUUGAUACCAAGACCUGGCUCGUCUUCGAACGCCGAGAUUGUGAAUCGCAUCAGGAUUGAUAGACACGGGUGAAUGAUGGUCACUCAACCCCCAAUGAUCAGGUAACUUCAAACUUUGUGACAUAGA